AUGGGAUCAAGCACCAUUGAUGAACUACAAAAGCUUGAACAACAGCUGGAGAGGAGUGCAUCCAUCAUUCGUGCUCGAAAGAUGCAAGUAUAUAAUGAACAAAUUCAGGAACUACAAGCAAAGGUUCAGUAUCAGAUGCAUCCAUCACUUUCAGAGUUUCCUUCCAACAGUUUUUACGAAGGUACCCUCCAAAAUGGAGUGACACUCAAUGACAGACAAUCACCAGGAAUCGAUUUUCCCUGGCCUGUGCCAAACUGUCCUAUGUUCUUUUAUGUCCAGAUGGCAAGUGUGCAAUGUCCUCAAGACACACAUUUAUGGGUUUAUGAUGAUGGGUGUUAUGAGGAAGAAGGUCAGCCACAAAGAGAAAGGGAUGAAGCCAAUAAUUACACAACUGUUCCAAAUUACUUUGACCCCCAGAAGAUUCAAAAGCUUUUAUUACUUGGACUCGAGGGUUCUGGAACAAGCACCAUCUUUAAGUAG